UGUGGCUACGUUGACUCUGCUUUUUGUUUAUUUGCGUUAUUUGAAGGAUUUGUUCCAUCGACGUUACACGUGUCUGAUGGAAAUAUUGAAAAUGGAUUUAUUGACUUUUAUUUGUGUUGUGAUGUUGCUCCGUUUUUCUUCGGGAAACGCUGAAGAUUGUAAAAGCUCAUCAAUACCUCCAAAUCCUGGAAGUGGAUGUUGCGGCAGAGCUGUGGGGGUUACCAAGGCCAUACCCGGCUUCUACGCUCAGCUUAGUCAGUACCCAUGGAUUGGUAUCAUAGAGCACCAGAAGGAGAACAAAACCAAAUUACUGUGCAGUGCUAUCCUGAUCAGUGGACGGUACAUGCUGUCGGCUGCUCAAUGCUUUGGCCCUACAGCCGAACAGAUAGGAAAGCCGACCAAUGUACGUCUAGGGGAAUACAUCACAAGUAACGACGGGCCGGACUGCGUAGAAGUCGGCGGGUCUCAAGAAUGCAACGAUGGUGCGCUCAGGAUCCCCAUCGAGAAAGUCACUACGCAUCCUGACUUCCACAGAGAACAAAACUUUCAGCAUGACAUUGCUUUAAUACGACUGGCACAAAUAGCUCCAAUUACAGAUUUCAUCAAACCAAUCUGCCUGCCAACUUCCGACAUCACUGCGGAACCGCCACAACAGCGAAUGUGGACUGCAGGGUGGGGAGCCAACAACCAAAGUUCUUCUCCUAGUGACCGCCUCCACCACAUCGACUUACCUUACGUGGAUCUUGAUACUUGCCAAGCAGCCUUCAAUAUUUCCAAAAUUCGUCAACUCAAGCUAGGCCAAGGACAACUAUGCGCAGGCGGCGAAGAAGGCAAGGAUUCCUGCAAAGGCGACGCGGGAGGUCCAUUGAUGUAUACCAGGGAUCGUACUACUGAGGUCGUCGGCAUAGUGAGCUUUGGAGCGAUUCCGUGCGGCAAGGCUGGCGUGCCGGGAGUGUACACGAAUGUUUUCGCAUAUGAUGCCUGGAUUCGCGCUAACAUUGAAGAUUAAUAUUAUUUCGAGGUUUAACAGUUUAAGUGCAUUUGAUGGGGACCUGACCAUUAAUAAAUAAAUAUUAAAAUAAUUAUA